AUGCCGCUUUCGGACCAACGCCUAAAGGAUCUCAAGGCCUGCAUCCUUGCGUUUCACCAACAUCCUGGCCAGCCGAUCGAUGACACGCACCCUACCAUGAUCAAUUUUUUCUCCACCCUGGAACGAAUAUUUCGACAUGGCUUAAAGAAUGGAACAUCGCGAGACCUCUGGAAUUGGAUAGAAAGGCUUCCAUCCUAUACGUCCGAUUCGGGUUAUUAUAUUCCUUAUCAGUUGUUGAAGGCCAUCAACGAAGUGAGUGCUCCAUAUGCUGUCUCAGCCUACUUUCAACAUCUCUAUUCCAAUGUUCACUUAUUGUCGCUUUACCUAGUGCUUAAUACGUUUUAAGAUGAUAACUGUGGACCCUAUAAACCUGCGGAGACAGAAACCAUCUUACUGUCAUUGUUUGUCAUGGACUGUUGGUAUCCUUUAGAGUUUUCUAGAUUCAGUGCUGGUUUAUUCACCGGAAUAGACGCACCCGAGGUCAAAGCUAUGUCAGAAGACAGUAAGGAUAACUCGGUUAUUUUUUGUGGUUCUAUAGCAAUAAACAGUAAGAUUAGCGGAGCACAAUAGAGUUAAUAAGGCAGGAAAUAAUUUGAAAGUGGACGUACAUUCGAGGUGAUAAGACUAGCAGUCAGCGAAUGACGCCAAAGUGUGGUGGUCGGUUCAUAAGCGAGCGGCAACAAAGAGCGAUAGACAAUGGACAAAUAACAAUGAACAAAGAAUGACGAGACCCGACGAAUAGGGAUAGAGACAAAGACAGGUAGAAUGAGUAAAGUCUGGUUACUAACAAACAGUUAGUAGCAAAGGGAAAGACAAGAAUAGAAACUGACAUCAGGGAUGUCACAUAGACCGCUAGGUUGUUUUUAAAAUUCCCGCCACACGUAUUAUCUACAAGGCACGGUUAUCCUUAUCGUUGUUUGCGCAGGAAGAGACGUCGGUUGAGAGGCUGGUCCAGGUAAACGCAGCGUUGCCAAAAACAGCUAAGGCCUACGGAAGUUCGGCUUUAACUGCAAGGUUGCUGUUUGUUCCGCUUCGUCGUAUUGGGCGAUUUCCUUUCCCCAAUGAAGGCUGGUUGGCGCUGCAUGAUGCUGCGCUGAUUAUACCCGACGUAGCUGGUCGGGGACGGUACUAGGAGUGAAGAGGAUGGCGAAAUCAGCAGCGAGCGCAUUAAUACAGUCCACUGAUGGCUCUGUACACCGAUAUUAAGUGACCGGCUCGUCCAAAGCGUUUGCCUGUAAUUGUCAGUCCGGACGCCAGACCAGGCAAUUAAAACCACCAUGCAGGAACAGGCUCAAUUGUAGUGGCGACCAGCUGCAGUCGUAAAAAGAUUUUAUGUCUCCAUAAUCCUCAGAUUAGAUUAUUCUCUUUAAAUGAACGUUGAUUGACAUUCCUCAAUUCCACGUCCAUAUAUUCAGAGUGAUUUUCGUUGUACUGGAACCAACCACCAUAGAUAGUGAUUGUGUAGGUGAACGUGGUAUAGGUCAUGGCUGGCGAAACGGUAUGCAUGCCAGAAGGCAGCGACAUUUGUGCAGCCAGGUUUUGCAACUCCCAUUUUGUGUCCUCCACUCAGUAUAGCCCACUUGGAUGUGGCAGACACCGCAAGGAUAGGCGAGCUUGUGAGCUCUUCUACCCAGCGGAAGUAGAUGUAAGCAGACAAAGUGAUUGGUUAUGACUAUUCCAACAUAGAGGUGGGUUUGGCUUAUUGGUAGUUGCCUUCUUUCUGCGUGAGACGGCCCGUUACCCACUGUAAUGCUGCGCACCAUCGCUAAUGUUUUGCAACCGUUCCCAAAUGAUCAGCGUCGUUUACGGAUUCCGAUUGUCUCAUGCUCGUUCAAUUCCAAAUCUUCCGCACUCUGUCCUCCCCCAUCUGGGCCCCGUGUCAAAACAUAGCCAAGAAGACCAGGGACGGGAAAGGGGGCAGUUGGCUGGCACGGCCAAACCCGCACCUAGGCGUACCACGACAUUCCUUGGUCCACAGUAAACACUCGACCAACAACAAGAGCGACGGCUGAAACUGCCGGAGCCGCCGCCACACUUGGCUCGGAUCCCACUAGGUGGGAGUACGGUAGACAAUGACAAGAUGUACAAAAAGUGACUACAAUGUUAUGUCCUACUUUACACGUGCUAGGCUUCUGUAGGCCCUCUCUACUCCUGGUUAUGUGUAAAAGGAAUAUUAUCUUAUGCCUACAUUCUGCAGAGGUUUGUUACCUUCGUUUCCCAGACAGUGUGUGCGCUUUUGAUCAACUAAAAUGACAAACCGCCAUCGUUCUAAAACGAUGCCCGGUUUGUCAGAACCGGCGACUGCUAUGAGUUGAAGAUGACAAAUGCUGUUGACAUGCCCAUUUUAUAUUCGAGAGAGUAACGUUGCCAAUGAAAAACAGAGACAUUUAGCAUACAUGCAAAAAUAUGAGUAAAAUGUCAGUAGCCGAAAAGACAAAAGUAAAAAGGCACAACUUUUUGUCAAACUGGAAUUUGUGCAGUCUUGCGCACCAGUUCUGGUGGCGAGUCGUUAGUCGCAAACGAGGCGAAGAAGCCGUUCUUUGACUCCGGCAUAAAAUGCUCAUAAUUUAGAGGAUUUGCCAUCUCCAAACUGAACUGGGAAAACAGCAAGCUCUGUCUGCCGAGAUAAGAAUAAAAUUCUGGAAUGUGCAUGUUAGAUUCGGGACGUCGGUAUUUCAGUCCGAAAACCAUAUUCUCCAGCCACUCGUUUUUGAACAAAAAAUUCGUCUCUUGCAUUUAGCAAAUCUGAUGUUUAGCGAGUAAGUUAUGUCUAUAUGUUGAAACUUAUUAAUUAGGAUCGUUCUAAAUAGCAACUCUGAUCACCACUUAUGUAUGUAAUCAUUAGCCUUUUUCAUCUGUAGUAAUAUCUUUGGUAGUAGAAGGCGACCUCCACAAAAAUAUCGAUUUUUUUAGCCUAGGCCACUUUUGGUUGACCGCUGUUCUUCAUUAUCGGGCUCUAGGGCAGGUUAGAUCACGAAUACAUUUCGUCCAGCUAUUUUCCAGCUCCGACUAAUUGCUUUGUCCUCGCGUUAGUCAUUGAUCCAGGAACUCGGCUAUGGUAUGACCACCUUGUAAACUUUGUAAGUUUGCAGUCUACGCAGAGUGAGAUGGUUAUCUGGGUUCUACUUCGACCUAGAUUGCACCAUAGGUUGACGUGAUGUACCUACUUGAUGCAGAUUUUACGUUUGUUUUGACCUUGUCCACGCUAUAGGACAGUCAUGUCCUUAAAUGACUUGGCGGUUGCACGUUUAUUGUCAAAAUCUGCAAGUCCGUCGACAGUUCAGGAUAUCCCAGUCGAUGCCUCCUGCUCCAUUUCCGAGGAUCCUAUUGUAUGUGUCGCAUUAAUUUUUUUCCUAUUAGGCCAAAAAGUCCUCUCGUGUAACUACUGCUCAGGGAAAAGGCCGACUCUUCUUGCGUACUUUGGUGCAUCGGAAAUUGCUUGAGAAUUUGCUGCAACUGUUGCGGGACAACCCAGUCCUUGUCUUGCGCCACUACGAGAUUGAAAAUAGCCUGUUUACGGACGAUAUCCUUUCGGAGAUCCUACGUUCUCUGUUUGCAGAACUCGCUCGCCUUGACUUUCAGCUGGACCUCGACAACGCCGACUUUCUGGACGAGACUUGGGAAUUGGCUGUGAUGAAAGAGCUUCAGUUCGUUCCAUGCAGGUGGAUUCUCCUUCGCUGCCCUUCCUUUUUUCUUACUUUGGCGCACUGUUUUGACACUUUUCGCCACCUUACCAUGGAGCUAAACAAAAGCCUUUGUGCCGACACUCGAUUGCUUAGUUAAGAUCUACCUACUAGUUAUUGACAGUUGAAUUCAGAAGGCGGUGCUAUAUGCUACGUCUGUCAUCAUCGCAGCCCUUUGACGGGCGCCCAGCUCGCUCAGUUGCGGUUUCUUGGUGCAGACUGGGAGUUGAGGAAGGCUCCUGCGCAGUGGAACUACAGUUGGGCCGAACUGGGGCACCUGCAGCAUUCCAUCUCACCAAACAAAAGGAUCCGAUGAAAACCGUUUCAGUUUUGUUGCUAAUUCAGUAAUGUUGCUAAUUAGCCGACAACAUUCUGAGCUAUGACUCCUCGUUAAAGUCCUCAAUCACUUCUUAACUCACCUAUUCUUGCAGGUAUCAUUAGUGAUGCGAUCGACGGUUGAGAUUGCUGUUGGCUGAGGAAUUGCUCUUCUGAGCCUCGCUGGUGCACGGCAGGCUCAACCAAAAAGACGAACUAUAGCUCCCCCUCUCUCUUCCCGGUCAUCCUGAGCUGUUUGACUCACUAGUUGCCAAGCAGCAGUUGUGUGUGGCGGUCUAGUUGAGCGGAGGUCCUCUGUAGUGUUUGGAUUUGAAGGUAAGCAUCUCCAUUCACCUUCACGGUAUGACAACUAGAGGUCGAAUUGCGCUGGAUGGUGGGUUAGACAUUACGUGAUGGCAAACAACAGUUCCUUCCUCGUGGCAUCCAUACGGUUUUCGACCUAUCUGCCAGACUGGUCCCUAGCUCCUCAUGAAGGUUUUGACUCGGCGGCUUGUUCAUCGGAACCGAGAACCCGCUUAUUUUGCAACCAAAUCUUCCGUAAUGAUCGUUUUAGCCACCCAUUGAGACACGAGGUAGCUCGCGGCUAGCCUAGUCUUUUCAGGAUUCUUGUCGUCUCGGGAGGAGUACUGGUCUCGGCUACUUCGAACCUAGCACCCUGAAUUUUUUACUUGCAACAGUGCCGAUGGCGAGGAAAUCAUGCGAAAAGCGUUGCAUCGGCAAACCUACUGUGGUGGUAGCUAACAGCCUCCAGAUACCAUGUCGGAUUUAACAUUGGGAACCUCUGAUUUCCUAAGAAAUGACCAAGUUGCCUUUUGACGCAUGCUUUUGACGUAAAAUACUACUGAUAAUCGAUUUGCGGGUGUCUCCUAGUGCAAAGAACGUAUAAAUAUUCAAAUAAUUUGGCCAGUGUGUUCCAACGUGUGUUUCUGCUUCAGGUUAGAAUUUCAGAAACCAGUAGGUGGAAAGUUUUAGCCUAUACCAUGAGCUUGUGUGGUGAGUCCUAUUUUACGGUUACUUAGGCCUAAACUAAUCUGCACUUGCUUUGUACCUGGUAGCUUUGUUAGAAGCCCAACCUCGUCAGUUGUCUGUAGCAUGCCAGUUCUCAAAAGAAGACAUGCUUACAUAACCUACACACAAAAACUCCCGCCUGAGACAUGUCUGUGAGUCAUAGGUUUGAGUUAACUGACCCGGUCAUGGGGUGUUUUUUUGCUUGUAAUGCUUCUGCUGAACUUUCGUCGGGUAAGUAAUGGUCAUAUAGUUAGCGUGGUUACCCUAUGCGAAGAAAAUGGUAAAACAAGGUGUCCAUACAGUUUUCUUGUAAGCCUCUCAUUUUUUUUCCAUCCAAAACCUGCGAUUUUUAUGUGCAUCGUUGCCUGCGACUCUUGCUUCCCCAUCUCUUUGUAGUCAACAGUAAUCCUUUUUGGGUGAUAUUUGAAUGCUUACGCGAGGACGGCUUGUCAAAGUCUUGCACUAUAUGGCGAAAGCCAGCAUAAGUUUCACUCUAUCGCCAGUUUUCCAGCCGAACCUUCCAGUCUUUGCACGUAGGUCAUUUCAGGUGCAUUGAGUCGGUGAGUUUCAUGCACCUGAUAUACUUUCCCUGAACUUCUCUCCUUUGUUCAGCCGUCUAGGUCUUGGAGUGCAGAUCUGUGGAAAACACUACAUUGUGACCGACAUAAAGCCCUAUUCCUUCGUGCUAGACGAGGACAGUGUAGAAUUGGGCGACGUUAUCAGCGAGUUCGUUGGUCGGCCGCUCCAUGGAACUGCCCUCGAUCUGAAACAACUUCUUAUUCACCAUGGUCGUCGGCCAAUUACAAUGAAAGUGGUUAAACUCCGAUCACCCAGUGGCCAUCUCUUUCAACCUCUCGUGGCAGUACUUCUAAACUCUAACCUGGAGAGACUCUUGGCGAGAGUCAAUUCCCCACCGGCGGGUAUUGUGUUUUCACUUACCUAAUUUGUUUUUUUUGAAAGGUAUUUUAGUCCCAUGGCCUCAUCCUUAAGUCAAAAUUUCGUCACAUUCCGAAAUUGUGUAACUUAUGCAUACCGCGUGUCAUUGCUGCUGUUUAUGCUAACACCGUCACAUUAAUGUCUUCUGCGCCAGAAGCCUUUAACGCCAUGCGCUGGUAAAAUGUUCUUGAUUCAUUUAUUGUGCGAGAGGAAAAAACGCCUUAUUUUGACACAAGUUUCUCAUUUUUUUCGGCAAAAAGCGUCCUCCAUCCACCACGGCUGAAACAUUAAUGGACGAAUGUCAGGAAUAAAAAGAGACCACAUGUAAGGGUGUGCGAUUGUCAGAGUGCAGUGUCAGGUCUCUUGUAUUUCGGUCUCAUCUCUUGUGGGGAAGUCGUCCAAGGAGGGUAUGCCUGAUCGUCAGCAAGCUGAUAUUACGAUGAACCUGUGCUUAGUUAGAUGGAUAAUCUUUUCAAUAAAAAGUAACACUGUCUUUGGCAGUACGUUUACAUUCGAAGGUAGAUUAGCCAAUACCAGAAACAUGCUUUAUACACAAAUCCUUGUCUAUUUUUCAUCUUUCGCAUUUGUUUCAUUUUUCAAAUGACGUCAUUCGACUGUAGCGCAAUUGACGCUGCAACAAAAACACAUGUUUAUUAGUCGCUGCAUGAGGUAGCAGCAGUGAGAAGCACCAUUUCUGCUUUACCUUCGUUUAUAAUGGUUGAAAUACUAAUUUCAUAAAUUUGUGUUACUAACUCAAAAUGAGCAGUAAACGAGAGCAUGUUAGACGUCGUAGCCCAGGUUUUAUAGCAAAAUAGAGCCGAGAAUGUUCCGACAAGUUCAGCAACUGUCCCUUUGUUUUUAAUGCCUUAGUAAAUGUCUCUCCGCUGUCAAGGCACUUUGCCACUUGUUUGUUUGAUAGCUCAUCCGUUUUCACUCCCUGUCCUAUUCGGUAUGACGAAGUACCCAUUGAUAAACUAUUCUUCGUUUCUACGAUAAAAAGUUUCAACUAAUGUGAAUUGCAUGCCUUUUUUGUCCCAACCGACCAGCUGCACACUAAAAACGGCUUGAUAGUGCAGGUUUAUGAGUUGCUUUCUAAAUUUGGAUGCUUUCCAACGGAGGAAGUUGUUACUCCCACAUUUAUCUACCAUUCGUCGACAGAAUCUACGGAUGGAAGCACUGAGUACGACUCUCAAUGGCCAGUCGAAGAGGAUCUCAUAUACCCCGAAUCGGCGUGUUCAUCGACCUCGCGCGUGAAACACCGUAUGCGAUAUGCAGGUUGCUGUAGCGUCGGUCCAAAUGGCAGCAUCCGGUUUAUGCCAGAGGCCAUUUUGCACGUGCUAAAUCUGAACCCAGAUCCCCGGAAAUAUCUUCCUGUCUCUCUGAUAGCCGGUAAGCUGUGUGCUUUGUUUAUAGCUAAAAAACGAAACGCUGCAUUUAAAACCACUGCCAAUACCCUUGUUUGGCUGUUACGACCCGUCGAAUAGGUGAAAAAUAAAUAAGUUUGGUACGUGCCGGGCGAUACAUUUUACACUAUCUCGUAGGAGUGAUGUUCUAAAAGAUCGCACUCGUGAUUGUCAGCCCCCUCUAUCAGUUCUCUCCACCGAACUCCUAAAGUUAAAAGAUAUACUACCAAGGCGGUAUAAACACCAUGUGCAUCUAACCUAAAAAGAAGCUGGUUUUGUUGACUUUGGUACAGUAGGCUACUUCAUUCAUAAAUAGUGGCGAUCGAAAUCCAUGUUAAAAAUUAUGAGUUUUGCCUAUUAUCUGUAGACGUUCGGGAAAAACCCUUUUUCUCAUGCAGAACAUAUUUCUGUGGUAUCAUGGCAGCAAGGAAGUUCAUAUUUUGGCGGAAAGCAAAGAUACCUUUAAUCGUUGGCGAUUUUCUAUGCUACCGACUGUCUUAGGCUACAUCUGCGCACCUCUGUGUUUUUUAAGUAGAGCGGGUUAUUCUGUACGAGAAGUGUUUACCAAAGCAGCCGUCGCCAAUUUGAAAAUUGAUGUUUUAGAUCGCGUAUGCCAGGUGAAGCAGGAUGCGAAUGAGGAGGUUGGUUCUAUAGGAACAUAUUUUUAAAAUUUAGGAUUCAUAUACCUGGGCACUUUCAUGCCCUAAAAUCCGCUAAUAACGCCCACAGGCAACUCUCAAUUCAACACGCCCGUAAUUUCCAGGCAUGGGGAAAUAUCCUAAUUAGUAACCGCUAAAGACCCUGCCAUCAAGCGGCCGUGUCAGCUUUUAAGAAUAGGGUAAGUUGCUGUUUGCGCAGUCUAGCUUCUGCUACUACGCAAUUUAGAAACUUAACGUGCACAGCCCUAGCCAGACGAGCAGCGUUUUAGUCCUUGUAUUAACAAUCAAUAGGGCAUUUGUGAUCUUAGAAAAAGCUCAGAAGUAAGCAUAUAUGACGAAAGGGCUCCAAUUUAAAGAGAAGAGAUGGUUUUGCCAUUUUUUUCGGAUAGUUCAUAAGCAAGCAAAUUGUUCAAAUUUUAUUCCUGACAUUGCCUUAGAAAAGAUGAGAGAUGUAGACAUUCAUCAGCUAAAUGCCCCCAAUUAAGCGCCUCUUGAGGAGAUAACUUAUUUGGGGAGUUUCUUCGAUUUAUCAAGAACAUUUUCACCACAUGCCUUCGUUUUUGAACUCUUCUUUCAUCAACGAUUAAGCCUUAUGCUUGUGCGAGUCUGUAAAUUGUACCCAAGCCGUCAUCUGCGUAAAAAUGAACGUCCGAGAGCGUAGCGCUAAAGAAAACGUUUUCAAGAAUUUCCCUGUUUUUGAGGUUUCCAUAUGCACAAAUUACAUCCAACUAUAAACACUGGAAGCCGCAAAACGUCCGCUGACUUUUCAAGGACGCCAGGAAUCUUUGCAGACGCCACCUUCUCCAGAAAGCGCACACUAAUUUUAGGAAGAAAAGUAUUCCUGGUACACAAAAGACGGUAUAUUUUGGGUCUAAUCCGCCAAUGUUACUCCACUUUCUCGAUCUCUCGACAUGACGACAGGUCGACCGUCGUUCCUGGCGAUGUCGAUAGUCUGCUUCACAGCAAGAUAGCGUCGGGGAUGGUGAAGUGCACGUUAAUUCGCCUGUAGUGAACUUACCCAUUUAACACGAAUGUUCAAGCUUAAGGCGCAUCCGCUUUUCUUAAAAAGAGGGAGUUAAAUGUGGGAAUAAGUAAACCCUCUUCUGUAGGUGAACUUAUGCUGAAUCCCGUUGGGUUUACUCAUUCUCGUAUCCUGACUUUAACACUAACCAUCCUGACCCUAACUAAUACCACAACCCGCCCAACCUUAAAAUUAACAUUACUCCAACCCCAGCCUUUUAGGAAUUUGGCGUAGGACCAUACGCAAUACAGUGGGCACUCAUCCUUGUGACCUGCCGAAAAUUGUUAUUGAUAACCAGCGCUCCAUUUUUCAAUGCUUUUUGUGUUUCCAUUUGACUGUGGGUCGCUCACUAUUAAUUCGGAGUCGAUGCAUCUGAGCUGGCCGUAAUUGUGACUAGGGAGUUAAUUUACUUGCAGUUAAUAAGUUCCGUCACAUAUGGUACCUAUGCCAGUUUAGAGAAACAGUACGCACAAAAAGUACGUGUGGUAGCUUUGCUUGUCCUUCAUGACCCAACCCGUUUUUUCGACCUGACCAUCGGCAUAGUCGCUUAUUCAAAAACCGCGAAUUUCUCCCAUGUCCGUGCGCAUAAAUGUGACCUGUUUGCCUCUACUCUCCUUCUCUGCACGCAAGGUGAACUGGACUUCUCCAUUUGGCGUUUGGACUCACAGAGGGGAGACAUGCAGGUCGAGGAAGUGGCAGCAGGAGAGGAGGCGUUGCCCAUCCUUCGGCACACUUACCCCCAGGUAUCAGCCGUGGGUCGUCGGAGAGACAAGCCGCGCUAUGUGGCCUACAUCGCCGGCGAAACAACUUGCACCCUGGCCCGAAAUUUUACCUGUUUUGUUUUUCUCUGUAUCGACGAGGAGGAAGCCAACUCCGUGAUUUCCAUGCUCUCUCAGGGUUUCGAACGCACUCAUUGGACUACUUGA